AUGGCGGCGCGGCCACAGACCGUGGCUUUGAGCCUAUGGCCUUCGUCUCCUCCCGCGAGGGAGGGUGACGAUGUAGGGGCAAACACCUCAUGGAAGGUGUUUGAAUCAAAUGAAGAGUCAGGCUCUCUUGUCCUCACCAUUGUGGUGUCUGGCCAUUUCUUUAUUUCCCAAGGGCGAACAGUUCUGGAGGGCUUUUCAUUGAUUGAUUCCCACAAGUGGCUCAAGAUAGUGAGGAGAGCAGACUGCCUGCUGCUCCGGGCACAGGCAAAGAACGAGUGCCGCAUGUUCCGCGUGCAGUUUGGGGGGAAUUCCAAGGAGGAUAUGCUGGGCCACUGCUGCAGUUGUGUCCACAAACUGUCUGAGUACGUCCCCGUGCAGGGGGCUGAGGAGCAGAGCCAGCAGCUGGACCACAGCCAGGACAACCAGGGCAUGGACACCGAGCACGGGCCAGAUGAGUCUCUACAAGAUUCCUGCACAAGCCUUGGAGAAAGAAGAUCUGUAGCACAGCUAGCACAGUCCGUGCUGAGGAGGAGGCCCGAGCUGCCCCAGGCCUACAGGCAGGUGGUGUGGCCUGCACACGAGCUGGGGCCCUUCAUCCGCCUCUGCCUCAUGGACCAGCACUUCCCAGCCUUCGUGGAAGAUGUGGAGAAGGAGUUGCAGAAACUCACAGAAGGUUGAGAAACACUUUGUAC